AUGGAGCCGGGAUCGGCGGGAUCGGCGGGAUCCGGGAACGGGCGCUGGGCCGCCACCGCCUGCGUGGUGACCGGCGCUUCCCGCGGCUUCGGCCGCAGCCUGGCGCGGCUGCUGGCGCCGCGGCUGGGCCCGGGCUCGCUGCUGGUGCUGCUGGCGCGCUCGGCCGAGCCGCUGGCGGAGCUGGCGGACGAGCUGCGGGGCACCGGGAGCACCGGGAGCACCGGGGGCUCCGGGGGCACCGGGCUGCGGGUGCUCAGCCUGACCGCGGACCUGGGCUGCGAGGACGGGCUGCGCAGGGCGAUCGCUGCGCUGCGGGAGGUGCUGCCCACAGAGCCCUUCGGCCGCCUGAUCCUCGUCAACAACGCCGGCUCCCUGGGAGACGUCUCCAAAUCCUUCCUGGACCUCACCGACCCGGAUGAGAUCAACGCCUACCUUGCCUUCAACGUCACCUCUGCGCUCUGCCUCACCUCCACGGCCCUGCAGGCCUUCGGGAGGCGGCCUGGCUCCCGCAGGACCGUGGUGAACAUCUCCUCCCUCUGUGCCCUGAAGCCCUUCAGGAGCUGGGCUCUGUACUGCAGCGGGAAGGCUGCCAGGGAGAUGAUGUUCCAGGUGCUGGCACUGGAGGAGCCCGAUGUCCGUGUGCUCAGCUACGCCCCGGGUCCUCUGGACACGGACAUGCAGCUCCUGGCCCGGACCGAGACGGGAGACCCCGAGAUGCGUCGGUACUUCCAGAGCCUGCAGGAGAGCAGCAAGCUCAUAGACUGCACUGUGUCAGCCCAGAAGCUGGUGAAGCUCCUGGAGGAGGACACCUUCCAGUCCGGAGCCCACGUGGAUUUCUAUGACAUCUGAGCUCCUGUCACCUCCACCCUUUGCCUUCCCGCUUUGCUUCCUGCCGAGCCAUGUCCUGGGUGUCUCCAGUGUGGUUGGUGACCUGGUUUGAGUCUUGGGAAGAUUUCAGAAGCACCUCUGGGUGUCUUAUAAAUACUCCUGGUGCCUUGGUGGGGAUUGGGGGGCAGUUACUGCUGCUGAGCCCUGCAGGGGACCCACUGGCAGGAGCAGGGAUCCCUCAGCUCCUGGGCCUGGGGGAGCACAGGGGGAUUUUCCAAGGGAAUGGACGUGGAGCUUUAAAACUCAACCUGCACAGGAGUGAGCCAGGGAGAUGCCAAGGCAGAAAAAGGUCUCUUCUGGCCAUCCCAGAAAGUCUCAACAGCAAGGUUAGAGCUGAGUGUCCCCACAUCUGUCCCUUUGUCCCACAGGAGUGCCUGAGCGAGACUCCAAAGAGCCAUUCCUGGGGCUGGAGGUGGUGGAUGUCACUCCAGAGCCCUUACCCUCUGCUCACCAGUGGGUUGUCCAAACUGUCCCACCGUCCUUGGACUGUCUCUGUGUGAAUUUUGAAUGUUAAGACAUGGACCAAAGCCCCUCCCAGUGUUUUAUCCACGAGUCACCAGGAGAGGGAGGGAGCUGGCCUUGGAGGAGAUGGGAAUUUUGGGUGCCUGGCUGGGGUCACCAGCUCACACAAACCUGGUCAGAGCACAGCCAAGACACAGCCCUGAGUUCGUGCCACGCUCCUGUUCGCAGGUUCUGGGUCCAAACCUUGGUCUGGGCCUUCAGCCCCUCCUGGAUUGCCCUUCUGAUUAUUUGUGGGGUUUUAUUGUUGUUUCCCCAUCAGAUUCCAGGAGGCACAGGCACGUAUAAGUCUUGCCCUUCUAGAAAGCAGAGUGUGUUGAUGCAGGAAAGCCACUUUGAAGCACAGGGGCAUUCCCUGUGUGCCCUGGAAAUGCCCGGUGUCCCUCUGUGCUCCCUUCCUGCAGUCCUCUAUCUCAGCCCUGUAUCUCAGAUUCUGUCCACCUGGGUCCACAAUCAUUAAAAGUUUCCUGUCUGGUCUGGGA